AGAGAGAGAGAGAGAAACGAGCUAAAGGAGAGAGAGAGAGAGAAACAAGCUAAAGUCGAGAGAGAAGGAGAGAGAGAGAGAGAGAGAAACGAGCCAAAGGCGAGCACUUGCUUCAGAAUCAGAGAGUUUUCGUUCAGGGUGAAAAAAGAAAGUAAAGAAAAGAAGAAAAAUUACAUCAACGUGCGUGGAAGCGACCACGACGUCGGACGUUAAGUCGGCGGUGGCUCUUUUUCGUCGGUUAAGUUAGUUUGUAAGGUAAUUUAAAGGAUUUAGUUAGGGUUCAGGUGUAAGAAGAGAAAAAGUGAAGUAUUUGAAGUUAUUUCUUUUAUACAUAAUUUGUUUUGUUUUUGUGGGAAAAUUUAGUUGUAUUUUCUGUUAACUUCGUACAAGGAAAAAGGGAAAACUUUACCAUCAUCAUUCACCAUGUCGGUACUUACCUUGGAAGCUAAACUGGAGAGACUGGACCCUAAUACUCCUUGGGGAUUUCGCAUGCAAGGAGGCAAGGAUUUUCAUUCCGCUUUGAUGAUUCAAAAAGUUACAUCAGGAAGCUUGGCUGCCAAAUGUGGACUCCAAUCAGGAGAUAUUAUUUUGAAGAUUGGCAAGUUAGUUGCCGAGACUCUCAAACACAAAGAAGCACAAGAUGCCAUUCUUUCUUAUGGAAAUAAACUUGAUCUUUUAUUGCAAAGAAUCCGUGAUAAGAAGAAAAUCGUCUUAAACAGCCCAUGGAGUUCUUCACAAGGUGUCUUAGACAUCAACAAGUUGAAUAUAAAUUCGACUGCGGCGGCACCACCAAGUCCAAUACCGUCCCCUAUACCAAAACCUGCUUCACCUGUGCCAUCAAAACCUGUUACACCACCACCACCACCACCACCACCUCCACCUGCGCUGCCUGCUUCUUCUGGUUCUGGACCAUCAUCUAACUUCAAUGCUGUCGCCCGGCCAUUUCCAGCAGGUCAACACUCUGGAUUUUCUCAUGGAAGUGGGGAAACCUUUCCACCUCCACCAACAGUUUUUCAGCCCUCUCUUAACAAAUAUGCAGAAGCUGAGGAAGACCGCCCCACUUCUACACAGCAGUCAAGGUCUUUCAAAUUGUUACAAGGCUUGAUGGACAGUGGUCAAGAACCCCCUCCAGCCCUGAGACCCUUGAAUCCGAUGCAGUCACCCAACAGAUCUCGAAGUGUUUCUCCUUUACCCUCUCAACAAGCAAACAAAGGGAAUACAGUAAAAGCUGUAGGAAACUGGCAGUACAACUCACCUAUAGGGCUGUAUUCCAAAGAAAAUGUUGCCCACACUUUCAAGGAUCAAACAAAUAUUCUAAUCAGUUCAAAUAAUGGAGAUUCUAAAGAGAAUGGUGAUGUAAGGAAAUCUAGCUUGACAAAUGAUUCCUCUGUGUCUGUAGAUGCAGAGAAAUCUGGUGUUGAGUAUGAUGGUGAGGGUCGGAUUUUGUAUAAACCAUCAGAGACUUACAAACUGAUACAUGGAGAAAGUGAUCAAGCAGAUACAACAGCAGUGCCAUUAUAUUCUAAAACUUUCAAGCGUCUUCAAGAAAAACUAGAUGGGGCCCCAGUGGCAAGCUACACGCCGCCACCUGCAGCUCCUGCACCACCUCCACCACAAGUUCAACUUUUCUCUCUUCCCAAGCAAGCUGCUCAUACUCCAAGAGCACCACCACCUCCACCAGCUCCUGCGAUUGUACCAAAAGCACCACCACCACCACCAGUCCAUAGGCCUCAAGCUGUAACCAAGCCUAAGUUACCUUCUGGACCCCCUAAACCAACUGGACAAGGUGCUACGAAAGGCAAGAAAGGCGAUGCUGUCUAUAAAAACCCUGAUCAGAGUGGUAGGAUCCCUGUCUGUGCCGCUUGUGGAACUCCAAUUAGAGGACCAUUUGUAUUGGCCAUGGGAAAAAGUUGGUGUCCUGCUCACUUCGUUUGUGCUAACCCUAACUGUGGUGUUAAGCUCUUUGACAUUGGUUUCGUUGAAGAAGGUGGCUUCCUUUAUUGUGAGAAGGACUACGAGCUCUACUUUGCUCCUCACUGCCAUAAAUGUAACCAAGUAAUCAUUGGGGAAUGUGUGAAUGCUAUGAACACUACUUUCCAUCCCAAUUGUUUCUUGUGCGCUCAGUGUAGGAAGCCAAUUGGAGGCAGCAGCUUCCACAUAGAAGAUGGGGAGUUCUAUUGUGAUCCUCACUGGAAGGAAAUGUUCCAAGCCAUUUGCUUUGGGUGUAAAUAUCCUAUUGAUCCUGGAGAUAGAUGGGUUGAGGCAAUGGAUCAUAGCUACCAUUCUGACUGCUUUGUCUGUACAACUUGCCAAGUUAGCCUUGAAGGUCAACCCUUCUAUGCUAAAACUGGCAAACCAUACUGCAAAAAGCAUGCAAGAUAAACCAGAAAAUGGUUUAAGUUGAAAUAGAAAUUUUAAAGAAAUAAAAAGACAAAAAAAAUGAUGCUGCCUUCCCCCCCCCCACCCCUUUCACAGUAUCUUGAUUACAUCUGAGAACUUAAUUUAACUCUAACAAUUUAUACUUUUUAAAAGGUUUUUUUUAAUCAGUGAUUUUUAAAAAAAUAACUUUCCCUUAAACCCUUACUUUCAAGUGCUGUUCAUGACCCUCUGUAAAUCUUGUUUUCUUUGAAAACUCUCUUCCCUUUUAGUCAUGGUACAAGACCUGUCUCUUGACCAUAUAUAGAUCUGCAUUUUUCUAAAAUAUGAUCUUCUGGCAUGAAAUCAUCAAUGCUUUACUGCUGCCUUGAUCUUAGAGAAGAAAAAAAAAGAAAAAAAACUACAAAAAAUUAUAAACAAGUCAACUCCUCCUGUUUUGAUAUUUUUUUUCGUUGAGCAUAAGACAAUAUACAUUGGUGAGUUACCAUUUACAAACUGCUGCUACUUCUUUUUUUUUUCUUUUCUUUUAAUAAUAAUAAUUUCAGUUAUAUCAAAUGCAAAACCAAAUUAUUAUUAUUAUGAAUUAUUAAUUUCUGUUAUUGUUAUUUAAAUUUGUAUCUUUGCUUUAUUCUGUAGGAAUAAAAUAGUAUCUGCUGUAAAAUUUUUAUGGUGGAAACAAUUUUUAAACAAAAAUGGAAAAACUUAUUGCCUCUACUUUAGCUGGUUUAGUAAGUUAUGUGACAAUUUAUAUUUUUAGAGAAUGGAGAGAGAAAAAGAAAGAAACUUACUCUUGCUGAAGGUCAUUGUGUUACUUUUUUCUUUUUAAUUCAUUGAAGAUUCAAGGGAUUUGUUUAACUUCAGUUUAAUUUUACUUUAAUAAUACAAAUAGCCUCCAUUUAAGGAAAUAUUUAAUUAUUUCUUUCUAAUAAUCUUAUUUUGCGUUUUAUGAUUUUUUUUGUACAUUUUUUUUUUACAUGUGUUUUACUGGAAUUUUUGCAAAGCUAAAUUCUUUUCUUUGUGGAAAUGAUUAUCAAAACACUAUUGAUAAAACUAUUCCCAUAAGUGCCUAUAAAAUUAUUUCUAUAGCAACAUUUUAUCAAAAUUUUAUAUAAAAUAUUUUUUAAAUAUCAAUUUUACUGAUAACCUCUAUAUUUUAUAUAUAUAUUUAUAUAAAUGCUGAUUUGUAUAUAUUUCAGUUUAACUGUGCCUCUAAACUUAGGACUUGUAUGCUAUGAAAUAAUAUAUCCUGCUAACAUUGUAGCUAUAGACCUGAAGAAUUUGAAUGAUUAAUUCAAAUUUCAUGAAUGAAAAAAGAUAUCCACAGAUAGCAUUUUUUUUCUUUUGAUUAAAUUUACAACUUUUAUUGGUAUUGAAUACACUGAUACUUGUCCAAUCACUUCAGUCAAACAACAAUUAACCUGGUUUCUAGUACAUGGAUGGAGAACCUCUCAGAAAUCUAUAAUUUUUUGUUCAUCCUUUUACCAGGUGGUGCUAUUUAAUUAGCUGUGCCUUAAGUCACUGCUGACUGAAACUUUGUAUGAGGCUACAAUCAGUUAUAUUAAAAAUCUCAUAUAAAUUAGUGCACUUAUAAAAGGCUGUCAUUAAUUUAGAUCUUUAAACAACCGGUCCCAUUUUGUCCUUUCAACUUAAAUUUUUGUCUUGUCUGUUCGUUUUGUUUAACAACUUUUAAGUUUCCAUUUGUUUUUUUAAAAUCCAUUUGAAUAAAAUUUAAAAGAAAUACAAAUCCAUCAAUAAAACUUUUAUUUCUAUCACCAACAACGUUAUUAGUUUAAUAUUAUUAAGUCAUGAUGAAAAGAACCACGUUACAUAUGGUAAAGUCCUGGAAAACCAGGUGUGCAACGUCUUUACAAUUCUAAAGAACCCUUGUGCCCAAUCAGUCAACAACAUCCAUGGGCUAUAUUUAAGACCAUUAUUCAGUAGAAAGUAUAAAUACAACAACUGACUCCUCUCUCCUUCCAUGAAUGUAGAUACUCCGAGUGUACUGUUUCCUUUUUUUUUUUACUCCUCUCAACAGCUUAUUAUUUUAUCUUACUAUUACGUUACCUUAUUUUCUUUUAUAUUACAAUGACUCAGCAUUUAAAAUGGUGCCUUCUGGCCAUUAUUCUGGGUUUUUCCCCAAUAAACAAAAAUAAAACAUUU